UAAAACUUUUCCAAGAGAACUAGUUAUACAUCGUUGUUAACACAGAAAUUACCACUAAUAAACAUUUGACGUGUGUGCUCUGAAUUAAUAACUUUAUGUGAAUUAAAAAAAAAUAUGCACCGAAAAAAGAAAGUGAAGUUCGUGACUUUUAAUGUGGUGUAAUUGUGAAUAAAAUUAUUGACUUGUAUACUGUCGGAAUGAUGUUGGGGUGGCUUUAUAAAAGUAUAGCAUUCUCUCUGUAUAAGUUAAUGCGGCCUGCAUCUACAAAAACGUCGACGAAUAUAAAAAUUUAAGGAGCAUCGCAGCACAGGGUAUGACGCUUACUAACAAAGAGGAAAGGAGCGGCGCAGGGUGAACUGGCGCGUGUUAUGUUGGUGUUGUUGAUGCUCGUGUCGGCGGCGGCCAUCAGCGCAGAGUGUCCUCGCCACUGUGAGUGCAAAUGGCGCAGUGGGAAGGAAUCAGCUCUAUGUGCCCGAGCGGGUCUCACCGCCGUCCCUCCCCGGCUCGACCCAACGACCCAACUGCUCGAUCUCUCCGAGAACCGCCUACCAACUCUCCGAGAUGAUGCUUUUGCAUCAGCCGGCCUACUAAAUCUACAACGCCUAUAUUUACCAGCCUGCAACGUACGAAUGAUUCGACAGUACGCUUUUCGUGCUCUUGUGAAUUUAGUCGAGCUGGACCUUUCGCGGAACCGGCUAGACACUGUGCCGUCACAUACUUUUGGUUCUAUACCUGAACUGCGGGAGUUAAGGCUGAAUGGAAAUCCAAUUACAAAGAUUAAGGAUGAUGCGUUUGCUGCUCUACCCCAUCUUGUAAGAUUAACUCUUAGUGGAUGUAAAAUAUCGGAAAUAGAGCCUCGGGGAUUUAUUGGACUAGAGGCAUCUUUAGAAUAUCUUGAACUAAGUAAAAAUAAAUUACAAGUUCUUCAUGUCGCCGUUCUGGCGCCGUUGCGAUCUCUGAAAGGCUUAGAGUUAGCGAGCAAUCCAUGGGAAUGUACUUGCGCUUUGAGGCCAAUGCGCGAUUGGAUGAUCAGAAGGAACGUACCAGCAACGGUCGUACCAGAAUGCGCUCUGCCACCUCGAUUAAUGUCACAGUCAUGGGAUCGCCUCGACCUGGAGGAUUUCGCAUGUAUACCAGAAGUCAGCAGUGCUUCAACCAUUUUUAAAGGCACUGAAGGAGAACAGGUGACUUUAGUUUGUCGGGUAACAGGUGUACCAGCACCAAGAGUUCGUUGGAUUCGAGCUGGUCGUUUACUUGCUAAUACUAGUUCUACAAAUGUCAAUUCUGGUAGAGCUUUUAUACUACGUAGUGAAGGACAGACAAGUAAUUUAACUAUCAGGUCAGCAGAUAUGCAAGAUGCUGGUUUUUACAUGUGUAGUGCCGAAAAUCGAGCCGGUAAAGCAGAAGUGACUCUAAAUUUAACCGUAGAGAAAAAAUCUCAGACUAAAGGUUUCGGAGGACGUGCGUUAAUGGCAGGAAUGGCUGUGUCAGCAGUGGUAGUGUUAAGUUCUUGUUUAAUAGGAUUAUGUGCGUAUGAAACUAGAAAGAAAAGACAAUUGGAUAGGUGGAAUGAACAAAUUGUGACUCCUAAUCAUCAUGAUAAUAAUUACGAAAAGAUUGAAGCUAGUUACAAAAGUGUGUCUGAGAUACCCCGUAUUGUGUCUUCUGAAAACGGCAAUCGUAAAAGAGGAGAUUACAGAAAUGUUCCCUCACACGACCCGGAAGAGGAGUUCGAGUCGUAUGGUCAAGUAAUACGGGAGGACCGAGAUGCAUCUCAUACGCCACCGGAGACUAACUGGCGACGGAAUAAGUUUGAGCCAUCAAGGAGAAACGGAGAUACAGAACCAGAUUUGCACAUACCUCGUGUCAGCAAUUAUAACAUAAGAACUGAUACCACCGACUCGAUGCCGAGCUCCAAUUCGACGGGAGUGCUGAGCGGUCACGUAGAAAUUUUAUCCGAUAGCAAUCGUUUCAAUAACAACCCUCGCUCUUGUACCCGGCCACGAGCACGCGAUCGCUUAGACAACGACCUCUCUGGAAGCGACAGCGAGAAAAAUUAUCCAGAUCUUAUAGAAAUGAGCGCUCUCGGUACUACCAGCUACCUACGCAAUGAAAUAAAACAUGACUCCUACUACUUUUAUACGAUACCUCGAAGAAAAGACGGAGAUAGUCGAAGUCCUCUUUUAAGUAGUCGAAGAAACAGCUCCGGGGGAGAUUCUAUUAACCUUAACGAUAGGAACUAUGAUAAAUCUAGGCAGAGAGCUGCCAGUCGUCGCUCUAGUAGUUUUUUAGAUCUAUCGGUGGGCGGUAGUCGCAUGCGUCGUAACCCAAGUCUGCCGGCGUCCCCUUCUAGAGAACAGUCUAGCCUUCCGUCCGCCACUCCGCUUUUAGACCUAUCGGGGCUCCGAGAUUAUUCGCGUGCUGGUCAACGGUUGGAGGACUUUGACUUUCGAGCAUCGCAGCUGGAGAAAUUUCUCGAAGAGUACAGAUGUUUAAGGGAACAACUUUCCAAGAUGAAAGAGACGAGAGAAAAUUUGCAAAGAACGAGAGCGGCAGAAAAUGAAGAGCUAAGAACAGUUUUAAGAGGGAAACCUAGUAUAGCUGUAACGGAGACGUCUUCAUCAGUGGCGCUGGCCGACGCCGCCUCACCGCUGGCCCUGAGCCCGCCCGAGUACAAGCCGCAGCAGCCGCGGCCGGACUGGUUGACCAGCCUCCUAUAUCGUAAUUAGGUUAAUAUAAUAAAUUGUAAAUACUCUUAUUUGAACUGAACAUAUUAA